AUCUAGCCGAACGCCUCCUUCUCCACACGUGUGCUCGGCUCCCCACAAGUGAGCCUCCCAGUGCUCCUGCAGGCCUUUUGUUGAGUCAGCGGGACUUUGAGUCCGGAUGAAGCAUGCAUUCUCUUAUAUUGAUAGGAGCGACCUUAUAAGCAGCCGCCGGCUGAAUAUCGCCGCGAGAUUCCUGCAUUUCCCCCUCCGGGCCAUUUCAAUAGCCGUUCACUUCUAUCGCAAAUAUCCCACACUCCCUUCGGUAAGCCUGGGCUGCUAAAACCACCGGCAAAAUGCAACCGCCUAAGCCCUUUAUCGGGGCGAUCGGGGGUUCCUUUGUCCUACUUCAGCUGCUGUUUCUGGCCAUGAUGUGCUACCUAUACGGAACGGCCUUUCAUGAUACAUCCCGAAUUCAACACAUGAAGGUCCUCUACGUCGACUACGACCGAGGUCUGGUUGGCGAGUCCGUUCUUGCCGCCUACUCGCAGCUCCAAGACCCCGGAUUCCCCAGCGUGCAUCAACACUCCCCGAGCGAGUUUCCCUCCACAGGCGAUGUUCGGCGAGCUGUCUGCCACGGUCACUACUGGGGCGCAAUCUACGCCAACUCGAAUGCCUCCACGCGACUUUCCAGGGCCCUCGCCUCUCACGAAGCAGCGGAGGCGUACGACAACACGGCCGCCCUGACGUACGUGUGGAACGGGGCACGAUACGCUGCCUACGCGCAAACCAUCUACGCCAGCCUCGAGGCCCUCGUCACAGCCACCAGCGGCGCGUACGGACAACUCAACGGCACAACAGCGAUGGCCCACGUCAACGUCUCCGACCCAUCCAUCGCGCAGACCCUGCUCGCCCCGAUCGCAGCUUCAGCGAUCGAUAUCAAGCCCACCAACCAGGGACCGCGCUUCUUCUACAACACCGUCAGCAUGGUGAUGCCGAUCCUGAUGCAGUUCUUCUUCAUCAUGGCGGUGAACGGCAUCUCCGCCGAGUUCGCCGCCUUCACCUCCACCUUGUCCGUGACCCGGCACACCCUGUUCCGGAUGUGCCUCUCCCUGUGCUACACCUUUCUCGGCGCCCUCGCCAUGGCCGGCUACAUUUGGGCCUUCCGCGAGGACUGGAGCACGAGCGACGGCAACGCCUUCGGCCGCACCUGGAUGGCCCUCUGGCUCGUCAUGCACGUGAACUACCUGUGGCUGGACGCGACCACCGUCGUCGUGCCCCCCAAAUUCAUGUCCUUCGUCAUGCUCACCUGGAUCAUCCUGAACGUCUCCAGCACCAUCGGCCCCUUCGAUCUGUCGCCCGGCUUCUAUAGGUGGGGCAACGCCCUCCCUGCCUACGAGCUGUACCAGGUUCUGCUGUAUAUCUGGACGGACGGCUGCAAUCGGCCCGCGCUGCAUCAGUCGUUGCCGAUUCUGUUCUCGUGGUGGGUCGUCGGGCUGGCCGUGUUUGUGGUCGGGAUGCGGGCUAGGGUGCGCGCGUUGCGGGGGAUGCCUGGAGGGCCGGAAGGACGUGAGGAGCGGGAAGGUGAGGGGGCGGUGAAGAUGUAAUCUCCCUUCUGUGCUAUUCAGUUUGCCGCGAACAAG